AUAUCUCGGCCAUUUCGAGUCCCAAUCAAUCCCGGAAUGGAGAUAAACCUGUUCAGGCUCUGCUCCGGCCUCAAAAUCAUCGGUUACUUCAUGAUCCUCCUCGUCGCCGCCAUCAUCUCCGUCUCCUACUAUGCCAUCGUCGUAGUCACUUGGGGCCCCGAGCUGCUUCGCGGCGGGGUCCACUCGUUUCUAGCUUUCUUCAUCAUCGUAAUGUUCCAUAUUCUGCUUGUAAUGUUACUGUGGAGUUACUUUAUGGUAGUCUUUAAAGACCCUGGUUCUGUUCCGGAAAAUUGGAAACCUCUAAUAGAGGAGGAAAACUUAGAGGCUGGUAGUUCUCUGACUUUGUCAGAAAAUAUCGAACCCGAGGCAUUCACUUCAACACAAUCUUCAGAUGGACGAGAAAGAAGACCACAAGUAGGGUAUUGUAGUCGAUGCCAAAAUGGCAAGCCACCACGAUGCCAUCAUUGCUCUGUCUGCCAAAGAUGUGUACUUAAGAUGGAUCACCAUUGUGUUUGGGUGGUGAAUUGUGUUGGUGCACGCAACUACAAGUUUUUUCUUCUUUUCUUGCUUUAUACAUUUCUGGAGACGACAAUGGAUACUUUAGUUUUGCUGCCAAAUUUUAUCCAUUUCUUCUCUGAAGCCACGGAUCAUUCUGAAUCUCCUGGAAAUCUUGCAGUCAUUUUUUUGACAUUUGUGCUUAAUUUAGCCUUUGCACUGAGUCUUCUUUGUUUUGUGGUUAUGCAUGCGUCCCUUCUGUCAAGCAACACUACUACAGUUGAGGUUCAUGAAAAGAGAGGAGCAAUCAGAUGGAAGUAUGACUUGGGCAGGAAGAAGAAUUUUGAGCAGGUUUUCGGCACGAAGAAGGCACUGUGGCUCUUACCACUGUUCUCAAAAGAGGAUUUAGACAACGUACCUGCCCUUCGGGGACUGGAGUUUCCAACACUUUCAGAUACUGAGGCUUGAUGCUUGGUGAAUUCCCAUACUUUUACCUCCCACCAGCCAUUUAGAUAUCUUUACAGACUCAUACAUGCUGAUUACAGUGGGUCUAUAAAGGUGUAUUACCCCUGUCCAUUUCAGUCAACUUAGUCUAUAGUUAAGAGAGGAUUUAAAUUUGAGUCGUGGUUUUUUAUUUUUACUUUUAUACAUUGAAGAAAAAUUGGAUUCAGAAGGAUCACCCUAAACAGGAAACUAGGAAAGUGAUUGCUUGGGGGAAAAAAAACUCAGUUAGCUACCCAUCAAUUUUUUAUACUGAUUGUUUUUCUGCUCCAUGUCUUGUCCCUCGUCCAAACUACGUGUACCCCAAUUUCUUGGAUAUGGGGAAAAGGCUGUGCUUGAAGUAGUUGCGUCGAAGAUUUUAUACUGAGAUGUAUAAAUCUAUAUUGAUGUGUAGCUAAGUUUGCUCUA